UCCUAGCAGUCCAAAUAUAGUAUACUACCACUAACCAAUUUCUUGUCUUGGGAAAAAGGUUAGACAUCAAACGAUCUGUCCAAGGUUUUCAGAAAAGGUAAAAAAUGGCGGACUCUUCUUCUUCUUCGUCUUGGUCAUGUAUGCUGUCUGGAAAAUCGGAUGAUAAGAAAGAGGAACUCCUUGAUCGAAUGCUCACAAGGCUCGCACUUUGUGAUGACUCCAAGUUACAAGACUUGCUCACCAAGCUUCUUCCUCUCUCCAUUGCUUCCCUUUCACCUCCUUCCACUCUUAUACGCAACAAAGUACUUGAGAUUCUAAGCCAUGUGAACAAGAGAGUGAAGCACCAGCAUGACAUUGGUUUGCCAUUAUCUGACUUGUGGCAGCUAUAUAUGGAAUCUAAUGACUCAUCAAUGGUUAGGAAUUUCUGCAUCAUGUAUGUUGAGAUGGCAGUUGAACGUGCAAGAAAGGAGGACAAAGAAAAUAUGGCACCUAACUUCUUAGCCAACAUUUCAAAGCUACCGCUUCAACAUCAAGACAUACUGUUGAGGGUCAUAACUAAGGUGAUUGGGGAGUGCCAUUCUGCUAAAAUAAGUGACGAAGUAGCUGUGAAGUACAAAAGAUCUGGUGAUCUGCCAGACCACAAGAUAUUUCUUGAAUUUUGCCUUCACACGGUUUUAUAUCAACCAACUUCUCAAAGCAGCACUUGCCCUGCCGGACUUUCGAUUGCUCAAUGUGACCGUGUCACUGGGAAACGACAAUUGACAAGUGACUAUUUAAGAAAUGUGAAGUUGGGAAUCUUGAAUAUUGUUCAAGCCAUGGAACUGCCUACAGAACUUGUUUAUCCUCUCUAUGUGGCUGCCUCUUCAGAUUGUCAAGAGUCUAUUGUUAAGAGAGGAGAGGAGCUUCAGAAGAAGAAUGCUUCUGGUGUGAAUUUGGAGGAUGCAGAUCUCGUGAGCAAACUGUUUGUGCUAUUUAAUGGUACCCCUGGGACUGACCAAAUUCCACCAGAGUCUAGAGUUAGUCCAGGGAAUCCAUCUUUGAGUGCAAAACUGAUGUCUAUUUUUUGCCGAUCAAUUACUGCAGCAAACAGUUUUCCAUUGACUUUACAGUGUAUUUUUGGUUGCAUAUAUGGAAGUAAUACGACAUCAAGGUUGAAGCAGUUGGGAAUGGAGUUCACUGUGUGGGUCUUCAAGCAUGGAACAAUGGACCAAUUGAGGCUUAUGGGCCCUGUUAUACUGACUGGGAUUCUGAAAUCUCUUGAUGGGUUUUCAGCAUCAGAAUCAGAUGUUGUUGCGCGGGAGACCAAAGCAUUUGCCUUCCAAGCAAUCGGCUUGCUUGCUAAGAGGAUGCCUCAACUUUUUAGAGAUAAAGUUGAUGUUGCUUCAAGGCUCUUUUAUUCCCUUCAAUCUGAGGCACAAUUUCUUCGUCUUACUAUUCAAGAAGCAACAAAUUCCCUUGCUUUUGCUUACAAGGGUGCACCACAAAAUGUAUUGAAUGAUCUGGAGGCGCUCCUUUUGAGAAGUUCUCAAGUGGCGGAAAGCGAAGUGCGUUUUUGUGCUGUGAGAUGGGCAACCUUGUUGUUUGACAUGCAACAUUGCCCAAGCCGAUUUAUUUGCAUGCUUGGAGCUGCUGACCCUAAGCUGGAUAUAAGGGAAAUUGCACUAGAAGGUUUAUUUCCUGAUGAGGAUCUAAGGAAAGCAGUAAGCAAAAGCCUCAACUUGAAGUACCCAAAACUUUCUGACAUGCUAGACUAUAUUAUCCAACAGCAGCCUGCAGUGUUGGAUUCUGCUAGUAUGAGAGGUUCAAAGCUUCUUUUUCCAUCAAAAUCUUAUGUGGCUAUGAUCAAGUUUUUGUUGAGGUGCUUUGAGGCAGAUAUGAAACAGAAUAAUUUGGUAGAAGGUUCCCAUUAUUCAGCUGCAGUUGAGAAAUUAUGCUUGCUUCUAGAAUGUGCAAUGGCUUACGAAGGUUCUGUUGACCUGCAUGCUAAUGCCUCCAAAGCGCUUAUAUCUGUUGGAUCUCAUAUGCCCCAGGUGAUAGCUUCUCGAUAUGUUGAUAAAGUCAAAUGGAUGAAGCAAUUUUGGGGGCAUAUUGACUUUGAUACACGGGAAUCUAUAUCUCGCUUAAUUGGAAUUGCUUCCUGUUCACUUCCACUUCACAGUUUGUCUGAUCUUAUUGUUGAAUUGAUUGCUUUAGUCUGUACAACACCUAAGUUAAGGUUCGAGAUGCAGCAUGGCGUGCUAUGUACUUUAGGCUAUGUUACUGCAAAUAGCAUGUCAAAAACCGUUUCUAUCCCAGAAGCUCUACUCCAGAGUACACUUAAAUGUCUGGUCGAUGUUGUCAAUUCGGAGACUGCCACAUUGGCUUCUUUUGCAAUGCAAGCACUGGGCCAUGUUGGACUUUGUAUCCCAUUACCUCUCCUGCUGGUAGACUCUAGUUCAGUUCCCGUAUUGGCUGUCUUGCGUGAAAAAUUAAGCAAAUUGCUUGCUGGUGAUGAUGUGAAAGCGGUUCAGAGAAUUGUUAUAUCUCUGGGACACUUGUGUGUCAAGGAAUUAUCCUCUUCACAUGUAAAUAUUGCUCUUGACCUGAUUUUCAGUCUAAGCCAGUCAAAGGUAGAAGAUAUCUUGUUUGCUGCUGGGGAGGCAUUGUCAUUUAUAUGGGGUGGUGUUCCUGUUACUGCUGACAUGAUUCUUAAGAGUAACUACACUUCACUUUCCAUGAGUUCGAACUUUUUGAUGGGAAAUGUGUCUUCUACAAGUUCUAGUUGUGUGGAAUCUGAAGCCAAUGAAGAAGGCCAUGGUACAGUUAGAGAUGCAGUCACUAGAAAGCUUUUUGAUGAUCUAUUAUACAGUAGCCGGAAACAAGAGCGCUGUGCUGGUACUGUCUGGCUUUUGUCGCUGACAAUGUAUUGUGGUCAGCACCAGGCUAUCCAAAAACUGCUUCCUGACAUCCAGGAAGCAUUCUCUCACCUUCUAGCUGAGCAGAAUGAGCUUACCCAGGAGCUGGCAUCUCAGGGACUUAGUGUUGUGUAUGAGCUUGGUGAUGCUUCUAUGAAGAAAAACUUAGUAAAUGCUCUUGUUGGUACUCUUACUGGCUCUGGGAAGAGGAAAAGAGCUGUUAAGCUUGUAGACGAUUCUGAAGUAUUUCAAGAGGGUACAAUUGGUGAAAGUCCGAGUGGAGGGAAACUAAGUACUUAUAAGGAGCUUUGUAACUUGGCAAACGAGAUGGGGCAGCCAGAUAUGAUUUAUAAGUUCAUGGACUUAGCCAAUUAUCAGGCAUCUUUGAAUUCUAAAAGAGGUGCGGCCUUUGGAUUCUCCAAGAUAGCCAAGCAUGCCGGGGAUGCUCUACAACCUCACUUGCACGCUCUUGUUCCAAGACUCCUUCGUUAUCAGUACGAUCCUGAUAAGAAUGUCCAGGAUGCGAUGACACAUAUUUGGAGAUCACUGAUUCCUGAUUCAAAAAAGACAAUUGAUGAACAUUUUGAUCUUAUUAUGGAUGAUCUUUUAACUCAAAGCGGAUCCCGACUUUGGCGAUCACGAGAGGCUUCUUGUCUAGCGCUUUCAGAUGUAAUCCAAGGACGCAAAUUUGAUCAGGUUGAGAAGCACUUGAAAAGAUUAUGGACUACUGCUUACCGUGCAAUGGAUGACAUAAAGGAGUCUGUACGAAAUUCAGGUGACAGAUUAUGCCGGGCUAUUACUGCGCUAACACUGAGGUUAUGUGAUGUUUCUCUCACACAAGUCUCAGAGGCAACAAAGACAAUGGAGAUUGUGUUUCCAUUACUGCUAUCUGAAGGCAUAAUGAGUAAAGUUGAAAGCAUUCGCAAGGCAUCCAUUGGAGUGGUUACAAAACUCACAAAGGGUGCAGGUAUUGCACUUCGGCCACAUCUACCUGACCUAGUCUGCUGCAUGCUUGAAAGCUUAUCAAGCCUGGAAGACCAAGGUUUAAAUUACGUUGAGUUGCAUGCUGCAAAUGUUGGUAUACAAACUGAAAAGCUUGAAAACCUCCGUAUAUCAAUAGCAAAGGGCUCUCCAAUGUGGGAAACCCUUGAUCGUUGCAUUGAUGUUAUUGAUUCCCAGUCGGUGGAGUUAGUAGUGCCUCGUGUCGCUCAGUUAGUUCGUGUUGGUGUUGGAUUAAAUACCAGGGUUGGUGUUGCAAAUUUUAUUAGCUUGUUAGCGCAGAAAGUUGGUGUAAAUAUCAAACCUUUUACAACGGUGCUGCUGAGACUUCUGUUUCAAGCUGUUAAGGAGGAAAAAAGUUCUACAUCAAAACGUGCAUUUGCAAAUGCUUGUGCCACAGUUCUGAAGUAUGCAACCCCUUCUCAGGCCCAGAAGUUGAUUGAAGACACAGCUGCUUUACAUGUUGGGGACAGGAACGAACAGAUUGCAUGUGCAGUUUUAUUGAAAUGCUACUUUUCUUCGGCUGCUGAUGUUGUGGGUGGAUAUAAUGAUGUGAUUGUGCCAGUAAUGUUUAUUUCAAGAUUUGAAGAUGAAAAAUCUGUUUCUAAUCUGUACGAAGAAAUGUGGGAAGAAAAUAUGAGCAGUGAACGGGUUACUCUUCAAUUGUACUUGGGGGAGAUUGUUGAGCUUAUCAGUGGAGGGAUUAUGUCAUCCUCAUGGUCUAGUAAACGGAAGGCUGCUCAGGCAGUCAGCAAGCUCUGUGACACCCUUGGUGAGGUGGUUUCCUCACAGUACCAUGUUCUCCUCUCAGCCCUCUUGAAGGAAAUCCCUGGACGCCUAUGGGAGGGAAAGGAUGCAGUACUGUGUGCGUUAUCUGCACUCUGUAUGUCGUGUCAUAAAGCAAUUUCUGCUGCUGAUCCUGAUGCUCCAGAUACCAUUUUGAGUCUUAUUUUAUCUGCAUGCACAAAGAAAACGAAGAAGUAUCGUGAAGCAGCUUUCUCCUGUCUUGAGCAGGUUUUAAAGGCGUUCGAUAAUCCAGACUUCUUCAAUAAAGCUUUUCCACAAUUAUUUGACAUGUGCAGUCUGCAAAUUAAUACGACUGGUCAGAAAAAUUUGUCAAUUGAUCUCGGAGGAGGUGAUGAAAAGGAGGAUUUUUCUUUUGGGCAUGAUAAGAUGGUAAAUUGUGUAACAGCAUGCAUCCAGAUCGCACGGGCAACUGAUAUUAUUCAACAGCAGAAGAACUUGAUUGAUUUUUUCUUAGUUUCACUUUCACCAAACUUUUCAUGGCCAGUGAAAGUGUGUGUAUUUUCGUCAACUAAAGAGCUAUGCUCAAAGCUGCAACCUGAGACAGUUGGUUCUCAAGAUACUUCUCAAUAUGCCAGCAUAAUUUCUUUUGCCCAUGAGUUGUUUUGCAAAACCUCUGUGAAAGUACUUGAAAUUAUACAAACCGUAAAAAUUGCCCAGGUUCACAUAGCAGCUUCAGAGUGCCUUCUGGAAAUGGUGAACUUAUUGAAAGCUACUGGACAGUUGCCUGGUGGAGAAGUGGCAUUCAGCCGCGAGUUUGAGCAAGUCUAUGAUGUGGAAAAGAAUGAGCAUGCUAAGUCUUUGCUCAAGAGAUGCAUCGACAUCCUUGAAAACCUCAAAAAAGAGCAGAAAGUUUCAAGUUAAAUUCAUUGAUUAUAUUUGGACUACAGGAUGCCUUUGCAUGGAAUGCAAAACCCAUUGCAGCUGCAUUUGGAUCUGCUAGAGGCUGCGCUCUCCCCUACGGAGGAGAAAAUAGGUAGCCAAAAAGAAGAGAAUUAAAUACAAAGAUAUUGAGCUUGUCAAGCAAAGGUGAACACUGCUUCACUAUAAUGUAAUGUCCACUAUAAUGUAAUGUCAAGUCAUGAUCACGCAGAGAUCAAUCAAUUUAACUUUGAAUCUUUUGAUAUGGUAAUGAAAUAUCUGAUGGAACUUUUCUUUUUGUA